UAAGGGAUUUGCCACUCAAAAUCCUCUCUCUGGAAAUGGCUACCGCUUCAGCUACAGCUCCCUUCUGUAGCUCUCUCACUCAAUCCUCGAUCUUUCCUUCUUUCAGAUUACACCAAUUUCCCUAUUCGAUCCCCAGAUGCCGGUCCCACAAUCACCUCAGGAUUCAAUUGCUUCGGCCGCGGGCAGCUGCUGCAGCGCCGACCAUCGAAUCCACGAAUGGCGCUGUUGUCGUUGCCGAUCCCAAGAAGACGGACAGUGAUUCAUAUGGCCGGCAGUACUUCCCAUUGGCUGCUGUUGUCGGACAGGAUGCAAUCAAAACAGCUUUAUUACUCGGGGCCAUUGAUCGUGAAGUUGGGGGGAUUGCCAUCUCUGGUAAGCGGGGAACAGCCAAGACUGUGAUGGCACGUGGUUUACAUGCUAUACUCCCUCCAAUUGAAGUAGUUCCAGGUUCAAUGGCAAAUGCUGAUCCAAUGUGCCCUGAAGAGUGGGAAGAUGGCCUAGCUGAUCAAGUGCAGUAUGAUGCUGCUGGUAACCUCAAGACUGAGAUUGUCAGAUCUCCUUUUGUUCAGAUUCCACUUGGUGUGACAGAAGAUAGGCUCAUAGGAUCUGUUGAUGUUGAGGAAUCUGUGAAGACAGGAACAACUGUAUUCCAACCCGGACUUCUUGCAGAAGCUCAUAGAGGUGUCCUAUAUGUUGAUGAGAUAAACCUCUUAGAUGAGAGUAUUAGCAAUUUGCUAUUGAAUGUCCUGACAGAUGGAGUUAAUAUUGUUGAAAGAGAGGGGAUCAGCUUCCGUCAUCCAUGCAAGCCACUUCUCAUUGCUACUUACAACCCAGAGGAAGGUUCCGUUCGCGAACAUUUAUUGGAUCGUAUUGCGAUCAAUUUAAGUGCAGAUCUUCCAAUGAGUUUUGAUGACCGUGUUGCAGCAGUUGGCAUUGCAACACAGUUUCAGGAAUGUAGCAAGGAAGUUUUUAAAAUGGUCGAGGAAGAUACAGAAUUCGCAAAGACUCAGAUCAUUUUGGCGAGGGAGUACUUGAAGGAUGUCAGUAUCAGCAGGGAGCAAUUGAAAUACCUGGUUAUGGAAGCACUACGAGGUGGUUGUCAGGGGCAUAGAGCUGAGCUAUAUGCUGCCCGAGUUGCGAAAUGCUUAGCUGCUCUAGACGGACGUGAAAAAGUCAACAUCGAUGACCUCAAGAAAGCUGUAGAGCUUGUUAUCCUUCCUCGAUCAACUGUCAAUGAGAACCCACAAGAACAGCAAAACCAGCCACCUCCACCUCCACCACCCCCUCCACAAAAUCAAGAUUCUGCAGAAGACCAAAGUGAAGAGGAAGAUCAAGAGGAAGACAAUGACCAAGAGAAUGAGCAACAGGAGGAACAAAUACCCGAAGAGUUUAUCUUUGAUGCUGAAGGUGGCAUAGUAGAUGAAAAGCUACUCUUCUUUGCACAACAAGCACAGAGACGGCGAGGGAAAGCUGGGAGAGCCAAGAAUGUUAUAUUUUCUGAAGAUAGGGGGCGAUAUAUAAAGCCUAUGCUUCCAAAGGGUCCUGUGAAGAGACUAGCUGUCGAUGCGACCCUCAGAGCAGCUGCGCCAUAUCAGAAGUUACGUAGGGAGAAGGACAUUCAAAAAACUAAGAGAGUGUUCGUGGAAAAGACAGAUAUGAGAGUGAAAAGAAUGGCUCGAAAAGCCGGAGCACUGGUAAUAUUUGUGGUUGAUGCUAGUGGGAGCAUGGCAUUGAACCGCAUGCAGAAUGCAAAAGGCGCAGCACUGCAGUUACUUGCUGAGAGUUAUACAAGUAGAGAUCAGGUCUCAAUCAUUCCUUUUCGUGGAGAUUCUGCAGAAGUUCUUCUGCCUCCAUCAAGAUCCAUUGCGAUGGCGAGAAAACGUCUAGAGAGACUUCCAUGUGGUGGAGGUUCUCCUUUAGCUCAUGGCCUUAGCAUGGCUGUUAGAGUUGGGCUAAAUGCCGAGAAGAGCGGUGACGUUGGACGUAUUAUGAUCGUCGCAAUAACAGAUGGAAGGGCCAACAUAUCAUUGAAAAGAUCUACAGAUCCUGAAGCUAAUGCUACACCUGAUGCUCCUAAACCUUCUGCACAAGAAUUAAAGGAUGAGAUUCUAGAUGUUGCUGGGAAAAUAUACAAAGCAGGGAUGUCUCUUCUAGUAAUCGACACUGAAAACAAGUUUGUAUCAACUGGAUUUGCCAAGGAAAUUGCUAGAGUUGCCCAAGGGAAAUAUUACUACUUGCCGAAUGCUUCGGAUGCUGUUAUAUCUGCCACCACAAAGGAAGCCCUCUCAGUUUUAAAAAGCUCAUGAUUUUGAAUAAGCAAAGGCCAGCUCUGGUAUGGCCUUGGAAGCUUCUUGCCCUAAGUGAUUUAGUUAUUCUUAACUAUGUAUUUGUAGGUGCUUUAGAAAUUUUUUUGGAUAUUAUUUCUGAAUUAAAUUGAAAUUAUGUGGUGCAAGCGAGAGUGAACAGUUGAGCAAAGCAAGAGUUCGUACAGUUGAGCAAAUAGAGUCCGAAUAUUUGGUGCAAUAUCUGGGGUGGAAACGGCAGAGUCCUGAUGCCUUUGUGGCAGUUUGAAUUGGAAAUCUGCGCGUAUUAGGGUUGGCAAUGAGUCAGGUUGCCUCAGGGUGGAUCAACCGAAUCUCCUUAAAUGACAGGCUCAGUUUUAACUUUUUUCUGGUUUUGGGUUGGGCUCAGCUUAGAAAACAUUGCCCAGUUAAGUAAACAGGUCUGGCUUAGGUUGACCUUGGGGCCUAAUGACAAUUACUUAAAAUUAAUGUGAUAGCUUAUUGAAAACCUUUUUGAAAAAGGCGUACUGGAAUGUAAAUUUUAUAAUAGGUAGGCAGUUUUUUUUUUUUC